GUGUUUACUAACAUUAAUUUUAAGUCUCAUUUUCUGCAGCAUUUUGUAAUAAAUUAUCCCGUACCUUUCAUACUGCAAAUAUUGUUACUGUUGAUAAGCUUUCAGCCAUCACCUUCACUCUUUAAUUGUCUUAUUCCCGAAACAGAUCCUAUACAGUCCACUCUCCCGCUCCUACAGGGUUAUCGACAGGCCAGCGACGAGUAGGUAAGUGACACACGACCCGACACUUGUAGGCAGCCCUCAGCGCACGCACACGCCUACACGCGUCAUCCGGCUUGAUGUGCAGCCGUCGCACAUUGUUUGGUCCGUUCGAUCUGGAUAUUAUUUUCGUGUGAUCACUUCGUUACAUAUCUAUCAGACUAUUGUCAUACAUUUGUUCGUAUUUUGUCGUCAUGCCACCAAAAAAGGAAGAGACUCCCGAGAAUGCUCUAGCUCGAGCGCGGGUCAAACGCGACAACGUUUUAAAUUCCAUCAAAAGUAUUCACGUCACAGCCUUAGCCGCGCGUGCUGAUGCCGGUCAAGUGCCGUCGUUAACUAUUCACGCCGAAGAUUUAAAUCAAUAUGUCGAACAAUUUCAACGUCAACAAGAUGCUAUAAUUAACGCGUUAAUCGAGCUUGACCGUGUGGCUGAAUUUGACCGUGAUGAUCGUCCAAUGAUCGCUUCUAUGGAAAGUAUGCGUCUCGAAAUUAAAACAGUCGUUGCGAAUGUCGUUCCCGCGAGAGUUUCUGAUAUCAAAUCGUCGUCCAUCGCGUCCGCGCCACAACAAUUCGUUCCGUUACCGAAAAUUCAGCUGCCUAGUUUCGACGGUAGUUUGUUGGAGUGGCGCUCGUUCCGCGAUAUUUAUGUAUCCCUCGUACACGACAACACCGGCAUUGGUGAUGCCAAACGUUUUCACUAUUUACUGUCGUGUUUAUUGGGUGACGCUCUCGCCGUUGUCAAGUCAAUACCGUUGUCUGCGAACAAUUACGCCCUCGCUUGGGAAGCACUGUCCGCUCGGUUCGAUAAUAAGCGUCUGCUAGCGUCGGCACACUUAGACAAACUAUUUGCAUUCAAACCUAUUACACAUCAGUCGUUACCAGCUUUGACGUCGUUUAUCAAAACAUUCAAAGAAAAUGUAGCCAUAAUUAAAGCGCUCGGUGUCAACGACUUUUCAAGUUUUUUAUUGUUUCACAUGGGUUCCCGAGUUCUCGAUCCGACGACGAUUCAAUUAUUCGAAUCCAAUGCGUCGUUUUUUACAAUUCCGACGUUCGAUGAGUUACUCAGUUUUGUACAACAACGGUGCAGAGUAUUAGAGAACAUAAAAAAUUCUAGUAAACCUGAUAUUACUACAAAAUCGCAUGAAAAGUCUAAGGUGCAGUCCCAAAAAUCAUCUUUACCAAAAAAAUCGGUGUUCGCCGCUACUACGUCUACUUCGAACAAAGUUAGAUCUAGAAACUGUUUAUGUUGUGAUAAUUCUGAUCACCGAAUAUAUCAAUGUCCGAAGCUCGUCGGUAUGACUGUAGACAAACGACGAGAGGCCGUAUUAGCUCGCAAAUUGUGUUUUGCGUGUAUGAGUCCGACUCACAUGGUCAAUGCAUGUCAAUCAACGAAGGGCUGUUCGUCGUGCAAAAGUAAACGUCAUCACACCUUGCUACAUCGUGAACAAGACCGAGCCCCAAUUGUAGACAACACUACCCAGAAUACUAACCCGAUAUCGCAAUCAACCACGUCGAGUGGCGGUUCUAGUUCGUGUGUGGGUGCCGCCUGCACCAAUUCUACCGUCGUAUUAGGUACGGCGAUUGUUCACGUUAAAGACGCUUGGGACCGAGUGCAAUGCGUACGCGUGCUGCUCGAUAGUGGCUCGCAGAUUUCGGCCGUGACCAGCGAGUGUGCAGCGCGACUUGGACUUUCGAAACGUCGGUACAAGUCUGACAUCGUCGGUUUCGCUCAAAAUCCUGUGUCACAGGUGCAAGGUGUAACCAGUUGUCAAUUUUCGUCACGUUUCAAAUCUGAUUUGUUCCCGUCUGUUGAAUUAGUUAUUUUAAAACAGAUUACCGGCGCCAUGCCAUCCACACGGUUGCCGACAACCGUGCGUCAACAAUAUCGACAUCUCCGUUUCGCGGACGAGGACUUCGACAUUCCGUCGCGCAUCGACAUUUUAUUUGGCGCAGAUAUCCUACCUAGUCUUAUCCGCUCUCACGCCGGUGUGGAACAUCAUUCGGGCUUACCAUCGGCCCUCGACACACAACUCGGAUGGAUAAUUUUCGGUUCGUUUUCUACUCCGAGCAAGCAACCUUCAGUCACGCUGACCACCACGAUCGCUCCGCCGUCAAUCGGAGAUCUAUUACAACAAUUUUGGGUGGUCGAAGAACCCACCGCACCUGCGUCGCCCACCACGGAAGAUCAGUGGUGUGAAGAAUAUUUUACCAAAUCUACUUCGCGUGAUUCUACCGGUCGAUUUUGUGUCGCAUUACCAUUUCGUCAUUUGUUCGCGAUUACAGCUCAACAACCAUACACACCGCGUCACGGUCUCGGCGACUCGCGCUCCAUCGCGCUGAAACGUUUUUACAACUUAGAAAAACGAUUGACUAAGGACUCCGAGUUGUACACUGCGUAUCGCAAGUUCAUGUCCACCUAUCAAUCACUAGGACACAUGGUACCGGCUCCGGAACCCGGUAAAUAUUUUAUUCCGCAUCACGCCGUGCUCAAGGCUGACGGUGACGUGUCCAAGAUCCGCGUCGUGUUCGACGCUUCGUCUGCCUCGUCUUCCGGUCGCUCAUUAAACGAUGUGUUGUGCACCGGACCCAAACUUCAGGUUGAUUUACGUGACAUUCUACUUCGUUGCCGUAUGCACAGGCACAUUUUGUCCGCCGACAUCGUUAAAAUGUAUCGGCAAAUUUUAAUUCGUCAAGAAGACCGGGUAUUUCAACAUAUAUUUUGGCGCGACUCGCCUACCGACGACCUCGUCGAAUUUCAACUGUGUACUGUCACGUACGGUCUUAAUUGCGCGCCGUAUCUCGCUAUACGCGUUCUUCACGAGCUUGAUCGACAAGACGGUCAUCGCUUUCCACUCGCAAAAGACGUCCUUACUCGUGCCGCCUACGUCGACGACAUCGUCAUCGGAGCUGACACCGAAGAGCUCUUACUACGUCGGAAGGAAGAUAUUGUCGGUUUAUUACGUAGCGGUGCUUGUACGUUGAGCAAAUGGACCAGUAACGGCACCACCGUCCUCGAAUCAGUUCCCCCCGAUGACCGCGUAGAUUCUAUGUCAUUCGAUCCACGAGAGGAACAUGCCGUGAAGGUCCUCGGUCUGUAUUGGGUCACAAAUACUGACAAGUUUGCGUAUCAUACCAGUCUUAAACAAAUGUCUUCAACAAAACGUCAAGUGUUGUCUGUCAUUGCGCGCUUGUUCGAUCCUAUUGACGCCUUAGGCCCUAUGUUGUUGUGGGCAAAAUAUUUUAUGCAAUUAUUAUGGUGCCAUAAACUCGGGUGGGACGAUCCAUUGUCCGACGACUUGCAGUCUAUGUGGCAACAGUUCUGCACGGAAUUGCCACUCCUUUUUGAUUUAAGUCUACCGCGUCACAUCGAUGUUAUUUGUCACCAGGACGUCCAGUUACUGGGUUUCGCGGACGCGUCAGUCAAGGGAUAUGCGGCGACCAUUUAUCUUCGUCUCAUCGACAUCGCCGGCAACAUUUCAGUAAAAUUUAUAACGUGUAAAACUAAGGUUGCCCCUCUGAAAAGUUCCACCGCCAACGAGCAACUAUCAAUACCCCGCCUGGAGUUGUGCGGCGCCCUGCUAUUGGCUCAAACGCUUCAUCACGUGUCUACUGUGUUGUCGAGCGAAGUGCUUAUUGUCCGUAUGCGAGCGUGGUCCCAUUCAUCGGUUGUCCUAUCAUGGUUGACGGCGGACCAGAAACAAUUUAAGAUUUUUGUCACUAAUCGAGUCGCCAAAAUAAAUCAGCUGUUACCUGGCUGCACUUGGAAUUACGUUUCAACAAACGACAAUCCCGCAGAUCCAGCCUCCCGUGGCCUUUUACCGAAAUCCAUGUUGUCUUCGUCCAUUUACUGGAACGGUCCCGAUUUCUUACGACGCCCUGAAGACCAGUGGCCCCAAUCGAAAUUUAUUCCGUGUGCACCAGAGCAGUUGCCAGAGACCCGCCCGAGUAUCACCACGACGUUGGCCGUCAAUGUUCAUUCAUCGUCGCUAGAAUUUAUUGAUCGAUUUUCGUCGUUCUUAAAAAUGUUGCGCGUUUUGUCCUACAUAUCACGCUAUUUGUGUCAUCGUCUACGUCGACAACCUGUUCGCGUCGGUCCGAUUACGUUCGACGAACGAGAAAAUGCCUUAUCCAUCGUCGUGCAACGCACGCAACAACAUUAUUUCGCGGACUUAAUAAAAAUGUUAAAAGUCAAUUCCGUAAUCUCGCCGCCGUCUUUGGCGCAAUUGGCCCCUUAUGUCGACGAAAAUGGUAUUAUACGGGUCGGAGGCCGCCUGCGCUUCGCUGAUAUUAGUCAUAACGCGAAACAUCCAAUAUUGUUGCCGCGGUCUUCGCACCUCACCGAGCUAAUCAUCCGUCAUUAUCAUUUGUCAUUUUUGCACGGCGGAUCAAAAUUGAUAUUCUCGAUGUUAAACCAAAAAUUUUGGAUCUUGUCAGGUCGAGCGGCAGUUCGACGUGUCAUUUUCGCAUGUGUUCCGUGCACCCGUCAUAAAGCUGUCCGCCCUCAACCGAUUAUGGCCGAUCUACCAUCUUAUCGCGUGCAACUUCAUCGACCAUUUUCACACGUCGGCAUGGACUACGGAGGACCGUUCCUCGUCAAAGAACAUCGCCACCGAAAUGCGCAAUCGGUUAAAGUGUACCUGGCACUAUUUGUUUGUAUGUCCGUUAAGGCCGUCCACCUCGAAAUUGUAACCGACCUCAGCACCGACGCUUUCCUCGCGGCCCUAGAUCGGUUCGUUGCGCGACGUGGUGUUCCGUCUAACAUUUUUUCGGAUUGCGGCACGAAUUACGUCGGCGCCGCGCGUCAGCUUAGAACCUUGUUUCGAGAUGCCAAAGCCCAAGAUCUUUUGUCGUCGCACUUAACAUGUACCUGGCACUUUAAUCCGCUCGCCGCGCCACAUUUCGGCGGCAUUUGGGAAGCCGGCAUCAAAAGCGUUAAAAAUCACCUUAAACAUGUUAUCGGUCAACAAGUGUUGACUUACGAGGAGUUCCUCACUUUGAUUACUCGUAUCGAGGGCAUUCUUAACUCCCGACCAAUCACACCGAGUUCGUCCGACCCGCACGACUUAAGUGCGUUAACGCCGGGACACUUCCUGAUCGGACAGCCGAUCCACGCCAUACCCGAACCGGACACCACCGACGUCCAAAUCAACCGUUUGAACCGAUGGCAGCUCAUCCGACAGUGCCAUCAAUCGUAUUGGAAACGAUGGUCACGCGAAUACUUGUCCACAUUGCAAGGUCGACAGAAGUGGUCCAAGUCGUCCCCAAAUCGUUGAAGCUCCGAAUCCACCACCAACUGAUUGGCGUCUCGGUCGCGUCACUGAAGUUCAUCCGGGGUCUGAUGACGUCGUGCGCGUCGUGUCUGUGCGUACUCUGGACGAUGUCUACAAGCGGCCCGUCGUUAAGCUUGUUCGUCUACCGAUUGAAUCCUAGUCCAAUUCUAAGCACCUACCUGUCCAUAUUUCCCUAGUUAUUUCAAUUUUAUUCCUUUGAGGUUGAUGAGUGCUAGGUUCUUUACAAUUAUGUAUAUAUGUAUAAUUAUUAUUAUUAUUUUGUGUUAGUUGAAUUUUUGUCCGUGGCUUAUCCACGCAUUUUUCCGAUUAUUAUGUUAUGUGUACGAUCUGAUUUUCAUUGACCAUAUUCAAGACUCUUGAUUCUUGAAAGACGCCUGGGUCUUUCAACCCGGGGAGAAAAUGUUGGAUACACAAUCAGUUUUUAAAUUCGGCGCGCUGCGUGCGAUCCGAAUUAGUGGUAUUGUUGUCACCCUGCUGCU